GGUUCACACAGACAAUGACAGAGGGACUUUGAACAACAAAAACUGUGAGCGACAUAAUGGCAUCAGCAUAUAAAGGUGAUUCACCGGAUCUGAGGAUUGAGCUGCUGGGAGUCUCCGGUGCCGGAAAGAGUUCAACAGGAAAUGCAAUAUUGGGUCGAGAGACGUUUAAAGAGAGCAGAACCAGAGAGAGUGAGAAACAGAAAGGAAGAGUAAAAGACAGAAACAUCUCCAUCAUCGACACUCCAGGAUUCUUCAACACUCACCUGACUGAUGAAGAGAUGAAGAAUGAAAUAAUGAAGAGUAUGUACCUCUGUUAUCCUGGUCCUCACGUGUUCCUGCUCGUCAUCAACCUGGAGAACUUUGAGGAGGAGCAGAGGAACAUUGUGGAGCAAAUCCAGGAGAACUUUGGAGCGCAAGCUUUCAACUUCACCAUGGUGCUGUUUACUGGAAGAGAAAAAAUAACAAAUAGAAAAUGGAAGCACUUUAUGGAUAGUAGAAAAUUUCAGAACCUCAUCAAUCACUGCAGAGGAAAAUAUCAUGCAAUCAACAGUAAACAUGACAUUAUUCGAACUCACAUCACAAAGCUUCUGGAGAAGAUUGAUGAAAUCAUCAAACAGAAUGAUGGCCAGCAUUAUGACAUUUCCAUUUACUUGAGAUCUCCAAUAAAGAGGGGAAAAGAGAAGAUAAAACAAGAGAAAGAAACAAAAGUGCAAGAGACAAAACAAGAGGAGAUAAAAAUAGUGCGGGAGACCAUUCAUGCGCACUGUGUAAAGGGAAAAAGCACAACAAAUGUGACUGAAAAGAAAGAUAUUAUACCUCAUGUGACAAACAUUCAGAGAACUGAUUUAUAUGAAGACAGAUGCUCCAGAGAAAACAAGAAUGAUGAAGAGGAGGCAGUAAAACAAUCACUGAGAAACUCUUUUGAAAAUAUGGGAGAAACAAAUGCAGUCCAGAAACUGGAAAAAUACUGGAAAACCAGCAGAAGAUGGGACCAGAAGGAGCAACAUACAGUGUCAGUACAACAACCUCCAUCCCAAGCAGUGUCACAGUCCACACUGAACACACACAUGAAACCUGCUGAGCGCACAGAUCUCAGGAUCGUGAUGGUUGGUAAAACUGGAGCUGGAAAGAGCGCAACAGGAAACACCAUCCUGGGACGAAAAGCAUUUAAAGAAGAAUUGUCUGCUCAGUCUGUGACUGAGAACUGCCAACAACAUCAGCAGGAGGUGAAAGGUCAAAUCAUCUCAGUGAUCGACACUCCAGGACUUCAUGAUACCAAAAUGAGUAAAGAAGAACUGAAGGAUGAAUUAGUGAAAUGUGUAGAAAUGUCUGUUCCUGGUCCUCAUGCCUUUCUUUUGGUCAUCAGACUGGACGACAGAUUCACAAAUGAACAGAAACAAACAAUGAAAUGGAUUCAGGAGAACUUUGGAGAAAAGGCUGAACGUUACACCAUUGUUCUGUUCACUAGAGGAGAUCAGUUAGAUAAACCCAUAAAGGAAUUUCUGACAAAAAACAAGCAGAUUAGUGAGCUUGUUCGAAAGUGUAAAGGCGGUUAUCAUGUUUUCAAUAACAAAAAUGAAGAAAAUCGAUCACAGGUCACUGAACUUCUGGAGAAGAUCGACCGAAUGGUGGAGGAGAACGGAGGAGAGCAUUACACUAAUGAGAUGUACAAGCAAGCUCAGAGGAAAAUAGAUGAAGAAGAGAGAAGGCAGAGAGAGGAAGAAGAAAGAAUGAAGUUAGAAGAAGAAGAAAAGAUAAGGCAGGAUGAAAGAAUGAGGCUGUUGUAUAAGGCUAAAGGUGUGGCUAUAGUGGGAGCAGGUGUGGCAGGUGUGGCAGUGUGUGCCGGAGUCGCUGGAGGGGGACUAAGUCCAGCUUUAAUCUCAGGAGCAGCAGCAGCUGGACGUGCAGCACUGGCCUCUUCUGCUAAAGGAGCGACACUGUCUGAAGCUUUAAUGGCAGGAGCAGUAGCUGCUGGAAAUGCAGCACUGACCUCUGUUCUGCGGCAUUAAUGGGAGGGAUGAGCGAGAAAUCAUACCCCGGUUUCACAGACAAGACUUAAGUCUAGUCCCAGACCAAAAUGCAUGUUUGAGCUGUUCUAACUUGCACUUAGCUAUCUUAAAAUAUGCCAGUGCCAUUGUUUUGUCUCAAGAUGCACACCAGUAAAAGCCAAUUAAAUGCCCUAAUCCUUAAUCUAAGCCCUGUCUGUGAAACCAGGCCCAAGUUAAAGUAUGCAUGUUUUUUAAACAACAAAGUACAGCAUCAGUGCACAUGUCUUUUCAUUAAGCCUUCUGGUAGUGCCACUUUUAUAAUCCAGAACUGUCAAAACAAAUUCAAGUGCACACUGUUUUGAGUUAUGACUUAAAAAAAGCCAUGACUUUUUUAAAGGGUUAGUUCACCCCAAAAUGAAAUUUCUUUCAUUAAUUACUCACCCUCAUGUUGUUCCGCAACUAUUUGAGCAAUGUUGCCGGGCCACGUCGCCGAGCGAUGAUGCUUGGGACAGAAUAGAAUGAUGCUUUCUAUUCUUAAUGGGAAAGCGCCCAAGCAUCAUCCCUUGGUGACAUUGCAUUGGCAACAUUGCUCAAAAAGUUGCCCCAUGUAUCAUCACCUUAAAGGGGAUAUAUGUAAGAUUUUUACUUUAAGAAAGCAUAAAAAUGCCCCAAUAUGUUUGCAGAUAU